CAGUUUACAUAAUUAUGUCUGAAGUAUAAUAAUAAAUGUGAAGAAUCUCCUCCCAACAAAAUAAUUUAAUACAUCUUAGAAACCAAGGCAACUGCAGUGAGUGAUGUUAAUCCAUGGGAAAGAAAACAAAAAAUAAUAAUAAUCGCUCUUCAGUUCAGCGAGUUUGGCUCUGCUUGAUACCCGCAAGAGAGUAUCCACACCCCCACUCCCCCCCGGCUCUCUCUCUCUCUAUCUAUAUCUCUUCUUCCUCUCUGUACAAAGUACAACUGAGUUUCUGUGUUUCUGACACGCAAUUGAAGUCAUGCACACACAAUCUUCUGUUAUGAACCCUGUUUUGAAGUGAAAGCACGCCUCAACUGAUUGUGACUGUCUUCGCUCUUCAAUCUUUGCUCUUUUCCACCUACCAAAUUUUCCUUCUUUCUCUUUAGUCGCUUCAUAAUUCAUAUUUUGCCAGCAAAGACUUUCCCUCUUUCUUUUGCUUGUAGUUUUCCACAUCACGCUCUCUUUUGUUAUUGUUACUUCACUGUUGAACAGUGGCGUCUCGGCAAUAUCUUCACCAUCUCUCGCAUUUCAUGACCACCCCGCUCUGUCUGUUGUAGUAAUAUAUUACCCCACUUGGUUAUGUUUCAUAAAUCUAUCUAGACAAAGAUAUAACCCGUUACCCUAGAAAUCUCACCGCCACCUUAAUCAUUUCUUUGCUCUUUUUCUUUUUAUCUCUCUGAAUAAAAAGGCAUGGGGCAUUGAAGGAAACCCCACAUUUUCGUGUACUCAAGCUUGUUGUUUCUUCGAUGAGUUGGGGUUGUGUUGAAUCUUGGGUGGGGGGUUGAAUGGGGUGUAUGUUUUCGCAAUUAGCUGCAAAGUUUGCAUUUUUCCCACCGACUCCGCCUUCAUACCAGAUCGAGAAGCGUGAGAAUGGGAAGCUGGUGGUGGUUUCUUCUUCUUCAAUGCCUAUUCCUGUUGCUGAUGACACUUCUUUGGAUAUCUUGUUGAUUGAUACUAAGCGUGGCAACAAGAUUGUGGCUUUCUACUUGAAAAACCCUUAUGCGAGACUCACUCUUCUCUACUCUCAUGGGAAUGCAGCUGACCUUGGCCAGCUCUAUGACCGCUUUGUCCAGCUCAAAGUUAAUCUCAGAGUCAAUCUCAUGGGAUACGAUUAUUCUGGCUAUGGAGCCUCUACUGGCAAGCCAAGUGAAUCGAAUACAUAUGCUGAUAUAGAGGCUGUUUAUCAGUGUCUUCAGACUGAGUAUGGAAUAAGCCAGGAAGACUUGAUUUUGUACGGGCAGUCAGUUGGCAGUGGACCAACACUACACUUGGCUUCUAAAUUGCCCAGGCUAAGGGGUGUUGUUCUGCAUAGUGGCAUUCUCUCUGGCCUUCGGGUACUCUGCCAUGUGAAUUUCACAUUUUGCUUUGACAUAUACUCGAAUAUCAACAAGAUUCAGAAGGUGAAGUGCCCUGUGCUUGUAAUACAUGGCACAGAAGAUGAUGUAGUGAAUUGGUUACAUGGAAAUAAACUAUGGAAAAUGUCCCGAGAGCCAUUCGAGCCUUUGUGGAUCGAAGGAGGUGGGCAUUGCAACUUGGAGCUAUACCCUGAUUAUAUCCGCCAUCUUUUCAGGUUUAUUCAAGAAAUGGAGAACACUAACACCAAAACCCGCCUGAAUAAGAUUUGGCAAACUGUGCUUUUACCAAAACAGUCCAAUAAUAAGACAUCAGUGUCGUCAAACAGGUGCCGUUGGAUAAAAUGCUGGAGGCUUAAAUGCCCAGAAUGUCUGAAACCCGGUUGCUGCAGCAUAAAAUGUUCCGGGAAAUUGAAGUGCCCUUCAUGUUGGACACCAAGCUGCGGAAAAUGUUGCCGGAUUCCAAAAUGCCCUUCAUGUUUGAGGCCUUCCUGCAGCUGCUUAAAGUGUUUUAACUGGCGAUACUGUGCAGAGACAAAGAGUGGAAUAAGCAGAAAACAGGAUGGUUAAUGGUGAAAAUAAUGUGCUUGCAGUGGCUGUAUAGAUUGCUCAAACUUUCUAACAGCGCUCUAACCUUGUGCAAUUCCGUAGAAAACAAGAGGAAUUGAAGUAGUUCUCUGAUAAUUUAAAAAAGAAAAACAAAGAAGGCAUAACGGGACAUUUUCUUGAUAGACAUUCUGCUUGCAUCUCGCUUUCAACAUAAUUUAUUUGCUCCUACAAUUUCUCUCUUUGGCACUUUUUCCCCCUGAAAAUUGACGGAAUGUGGAAAGCGCCCAAUUUUUUUACUCUGAUACUGAAGGCGAGUCCUAGCACCCCAGCUAGUAAAAACACAGUCCAAACUACAAUCUAAUUGCAUUCUAGUUGAGCCGAGUUUAAAUUUACUUAAACUUGAGUUUGACUCGAUUUGAAUAAAAUCAAAUUUGAGGUCAUCAAAUUUGUUUUAAAGCUAUUUGAGAUAGAUUAGUUUAAGAGGAGUCAAACUCAGGUUUAGCUUAAGUUCAAAUUUGAACUAAGUUUUGAGCUCAAUUUAGUAUUAAAGUAACGUUGUUUUAAUGUGUAUUGAUUAAAAUAAUAUCGUUUUAGUUUA